AUGGGGGUCGUGCUGCUUCCACAGGUCUCCAGGCGCUGGCUCCGCCAUCCAAUUCCUCUUGCCAUUUUCUCGCUGCUACUUUUUUAUCUCUGUACUCGGAGCCUACGUGAGUGGCCUCUUCCCCCACCUUCUCUGGCAGGAACCCAGGAAUCCAGGUCCUGGGGGCCUAAGGCCCCUCUUGGAGUCCUCACCGCCCCGCCUUGUCUCUCCCCAGGCGCCCUCUCGGGCUGCGGAUCGGGGGCCCAGCCCUGCGUUACGGAGGGACCUCUGCCUUCACAGAUCCGGCAACAGUUGGGAUCCCUGGAGGCCCCGGAGCGGGAAGAGCCUCGGUGUCUGGGCCCCGAGGGGAUGCUGGGCCGCCUGGUGAGGCCGUUCCGCGCUAGUCUGAACCUGGACGGGGAUGUGGAGCUGUCGCAGUACCUGGCGGGAUGGAGGGAGCUCAUCAAAUUCCUAACUCCCUUCGGCUCCAUCUUCACCUUCGCCACCAGCGAAGCCUUCACCAAAGUGACAGCCCUCGAGGCUCGGGUGCACGGCCCAGAGGCCGCGCACUACACAUCGCUGGCGACCAUGGCCGCGUGGGAGCGGCGGGCGGGACUGCUGGAGAGGCCUGGGGUCGCCCCUCCGGACUCGGCCAAGGCCUCGGGCUCACGGACGACUCUCCUGCUGCACCGGGCGCUACGCUGGUCCCAGCUCUGCCUGCAGCGGGUGGCCACCGGGGCGCACCGAGGCCCGAGCGCCGGCGAGCAGUGCGGCGACGCCUACAGCACCGUCCUGGGCCCGCACCACCCCUGGCUGGUUCGGCAGGCCGCCCGCCUCGCGUUCCUCUCCUUCCCGGGUCGCGGCCGCCUGCUGGACCUGGCCUGUCCGCGAGCCAGAGAGGCGGAGGCGCGGGCCGCGCUGGCUCGCGCGGCGGGCACCCUGGAGGAAGUCUACAACCGGACGCAGGGUCUGCUGGCCGAGCGCGGCCUGCUCCAGCUGGCCUAG